AUGCUGUUCUGGCUGGUCAUAGUUGCUGCUACUGGAAUCACAGCAGUAUGUUCUUUUCUGUUUGUUAAUCGGUACCUCUCGUUCAAACGGCACAAAAAUACGAUCCCAUUCACACUGGCGAUCUUACUUUUGAAUAUGUGGAUUCUUCUGUCGAUUACCUAUCUUCUACCGCUGGAUGUGUUUUACGCGGCAAGAGCGUCUUCAUCAGAGCAUCCUGAAGGUACUAAUGGACCGCAAUUGCGUCGCUCGAAUCCAUGGAUUUCCAGAGAUCUACAAUCUUCAGAUCAAAUGCCAGACGUUUCUCUGUUGUGGUAUAUAAUCUAUUGGUCCGAAUUUGCGAUUUGCUGGUUUGUUUUGCCCGUUUUGAUCUCUUAUUUGGAUUUGAAAUAUCUUUUCCCCACACAUGGAGACACCUCACAACAGAGACCGGUUUUGAACCGGGUCAAGAAGGCGAUUUUCACCAAUUUCAAGUUUUAUGCCCUUUGUGCAUUAGGUUUGAUUGGUGGUAUCAUUUAUUUGGAAUUUGGUGCAAAGCGGGGUAUGGCAGAUUUGAAACCCUUGAUAAUUUCACUUUCUCAUCUUUAUUCCUUGUCAUACACUCUGAUUCUGCUCUCUAUGGGCCUUAUACUCUUGCCGAAAGACAUCCUUUUAGAAAACGAUAACGAAAAUAAGUUGUUUGUGGAGCUGAGCAAGAGCAAUGAUGAGUCCAACGAUGCUCGAUUAGCUCUGACCGAAUAUGCCACGAAGAUCCUUUCAAUGGCCGAGGUCAGAAAUGGCGAUGUUGUUCUUAAUCAGGCUUUGAACGAGUGUAAGCUGGAGGUACAGUCUUUGGUAAAUGAGAAACAAAUUCAAUUGCCCGUGACAAGCCGCAGGGAUCAGUCGGCUUCGACUCUGAACAAGCUAAACGAACGCUUCAAUGCUUUCAAGACCGAGUACUACAAUUAUCUUUAUUAUCAGACCAAGUCAGAUCGUAUCAUUCACAGUCUAGCACAAUCUCAGGUGGAGCCCGUUUCGUGGACUCGAAAAGUAGGGAAAUGGGUCUUGGGGCUGCUGUGCUUAGCUAUUUCGAGUCUAGUGGUUUUUCUUGAGUUAACUCCUUCUCGUUUUGCGCACGAUAAGCUUUUCGAAGGCGGACGGUGGUUUAACUUCAUGCUCGAAAUAUCGAUUCUCAUGUACAAUACCCUGGCUUCCCUGUAUGCGAUGAGCUGUUUCAAAUUUGCUAAUUUGCAUCUGAUACCCAAUGGACAGAGUAGUCCUCAAAACGCGCUCUAUUUUUCGCUUUAUUCCAGUCGGCUCUUGCUCCCACUGUGCUUCAACUUUAUCACUCUUAUUUCUCAUGCAAGCGGAGUCCAGGAAUGUGGUUUUGAGAAAGUUCUGUAUCGCGACUUGAAGCUGAUUCCACUAGUUGAUAUUCUCAACAGAUAUUUGCCAGUGAUCUUCAUCAUCGCUGUACCUUUGGGUUAUUUUUUCGAUCUCAAAAACAGAGUUCUCAUCAAAGUUCUCGGCAAAGAAUACUGCUACGAGCUUUUCGGCAUACUUGCAGACCCCUCAAAUCCGGAUGGUGGGAGUGGUGGUGUUGAUACCUCGCAGCCAGUAGUGCCUGCUGCUAUUAACCGUUCUCGUUUGGACGAAGACUACGAAUAUUCGCUUCAGGACGGCAGAUUUUUAUUUCAAAGAGCCACAAAUAAUCAUCGGAUGAUCGAAAGCAAUACUUCCUCCGAGCCAAUGGGUUACGUGUGA